AUGUCAAAGGUUUCAACGAAUCAAAAGUCUUUUUUGAAUCGAAAAGAGGUAGAUAAAUCUCUCGCGUCGAAUAUCGACGAUGUCACCCGAGCUGUUGGUGGAUUCAUCUGUGAUGAAUUCGAUUGUGUUCACAACAACUUUACAGGGAAACUUUACACAGGGCCCUCGGCCAUUUUGUUUACUGGAAGAAUAUUCUUCUUUGACUGGUGUCAAAGAAUCAGCUGGAUGGAUGUGGUCCAGGUGAAAAAGAAGAAAAGAAGUGUGGACAUUGUGGUCAAAGAACCGAAAGGGACUACGUUCACGUUUGAUAAUUUCUUCGACCCUGACAGGGUUUGGAGUUCUUUAGUCGACCUUCAUAGUGACAGCAUUCUCGAUACUCCUCCAAAACCAGCCACUCCAAGGGAACUAUCAAGAAGCUUGAGGCGGAAUAAUUCUGAUCCGUUUUCUUUGUCACAAGCAGCAUUCACCUUUGAAAAAGAAACUAAUAGAGAGAGCGAAGAUCUCCAAGUCCUCUCUACGGUUUCUACCGAAGAGAGUAUUGGAAACAGCUCAGUGACUGAUGACCUGUCAUGGAUAAGUCUGUUGAAUGAUGCAACGUCGUAUUCCCAGGUUGCCGUGAAGGAUCUUGAACUGAAAUGUAGUCUAGAUACCUUCUUCGAUCUAUUCAUUUCGGAUUCUGCAAAACUUUCAAUCCCAAAGUAUAUGCAAGGAAGUGGCGAGGAGAACGUGUAUUCCUCAAGCUGGAAAGAGAACGAUUCGUUGAUGACUCGUGUCGUCGAGUAUUCUCACCCGGUUAACGCCCCGAUGGCGCCGCCGUUAGCGAAGGCGCGGAAGGAACAAAGCUAUCGAAAAUAUGGUAGAGAUGGGGUGGCUCUAGAGACCAAGACUAUUGUGGAAGAUGUUCCCAUGACAGAUUGCUUCUAUGUGGUGGAUCAAAUUCGUGUAGCAGCUAUGGGAGACAAAGUAUUUGUGACGAUGGUCUAUGACAUCCGCUUCGUAAAGUCGACCAUGUUUAAGGGAAUUAUCACACGCACCACAAAAGCAGACAUGGAGAAAUCACUGCAAGGCUUGGCAGCUUUUAUGUCGAAGAGUCUCCAUCACGAUGGAGACACCGUUUUAUCACUGACGAAGUCGAGUCCACCUCAGCAAGAAUCUCAAGAUUAUCGGUCUGUGUCACCUGCAAGUCUUCAGUCAUUUUUGUCGUCCACUGUUCUGUUUCUUCUGUUUGUAUUUCAGUUGUAUAUCAUCUGGACACUUGUUUGUAUACAGCAUGAUAUAGCAAAACUCGUGGCUAACUCGUUGGGCCACACUGCAUUACAAGACCACAUCCUAUUGGAAUCAGCUCGUGUAUUCCAAUAA